AAGGGGUUUGAUCGGCCUCUCCGCUGAUCUGAUUGGCCCUCAAGGGAAAGGCUUGACUCCGAUAAGCAAUGUGGUUUGCCAACAGAAUGGGACAAUCACCUCAGUUAUCGCGCCAUUCUAUUGAUUUUAAUCUAAGACUUCCCGAACCCCGUCUCUUCUCCGGACGAAAUAACGUAAUAGAAAAGCUCCUUCACGCAAGCCGACGCUGCAACUGACCACUAGGACCUGAUCUCAUAUCGCCCUUGCUUCCGUCUCAUGAGGGAAACGGGGAGGCUUCGCCAGGCUGCCAAUUAAUAUAUAAAUACCAUGAAGGAAAUCUCACCAUUUGAAUCUUCGUCUCUGCAUUCAACUCCGUGCUCGACUAAGACUUAACCCCUCUCACUAUGCGUUCAGCACUUCUCACGGGAGUGCUUUGUUCCCUGGCAGCACCAGCACUGGGAGUAGUGCACGAAAAGCUAGCCUCUAUUCCUAGUGACUGGAGAUUCGUCAAAGAUGCACCGGAGAGCGACUCUAUUACCCUAUCUAUUGCGCUUGCGCGCCAGAACCUGGACCAGCUUGAGUCCAAGUUAACCGCAUUGGCGACCCCAGGAAACGCAGAGUACGGUCAAUGGCUGGAUCAGUCGGGGGUUGAAACCCUCUUUCCCACGGCUAACGACCAAGCCAUCCUUCGUUGGCUCAAAGACGCCGGCAUUACCCAUGUCUCUCGUCAGGGUGGUCUGGUGAACUUCGCCUCGACGGUUGGGACGGUGAACAAGCUGUUUGGCACCACUUUCUCCUAUUAUCAAAACGGUGCUUCGCAGAAACUGCGCACCACGCAGUACUCGAUUCCGGAUCACCUCACCGAAGCCAUUGAUCUUGUCGCUCCGACGGUUUUCUUUGGUAGAGAGCAGGAGAGCAUACCUCUGCCCACAUUUCAACCAAAACUGACCAGGAGUGCGGCAAGCAAUGUCUCCUGUGCCGACAUCAUCACCCCGGACUGCUUGGCGGAUAUGUACAACUUCCGAGGCUACAAGCCCAGUGCAUCCUCCGGCAGUCGGGUAGGCUUUGGCAGUUUCUUGAACGAGUCGGCCAACUAUGCGGACCUGGCUAUCUACGAAAAACGAUUCAACAUUCCUGGUCAGAAUUUCUCCGUCGAACUGAUCAACGGGGCGACUAAUGACCAGAACUGGACGACCGCAUCCCUGGGCGAGGCUAACCUGGAUGUGGAGCUGAUCGUUGGCGUUAGCCAUCCCUUGCCCGUGGUGGAGUUCAUCACUAGCGGUACACCCCCGUUUAUUCCCAACGCCGACGAACCAACGGCAGCGGAUAACCAGAACGAGCCGUACCUGGAGUACUAUGAGUACCUGCUGUCGAAGCCCAACGCUGCUCUGCCCCAGGUAAUCUCCAAUUCGUACGGCGAUGAUGAGCAGACCGUUCCGGAAUACUACGCCAAGAGAGUGUGCAACCUGAUCGGCCUGAUGGGUCUUCGCGGUAUCACCGUGCUCGAGUCUUCAGGUGAUACAGGCAUUGGGUCCGCCUGCAUGUCCAACGAUGGCACCGAGACUCCCGAGUUCACGCCCACCUUCCCUGGUACUUGCCCCUAUCUGACCUCCGUGGGAGGUACUCAGUCCUAUGCCCCCGAAGUCGCCUGGGACGCCGGCUCCGGCGGGUUCAGCAACUACUUCAGUCGCCCCUGGUACCAGGAAUCUGCGGUCCGCAAGUACCUCGACCACCACAUCACCUCCGAAACCAAGGAGUACUACACGCAAUACACCAAUUUCGCUGGUCGUGGAUUCCCCGACGUCGCUGCCCAUAGCCUGCACCCCAACUACGAGGUGAUCCGCAAGGGCCAACGUGGCACAUCCGGUGGAACAUCUGCCGCCUCCCCCGUCUUCGCCGGAAUUGUUGGGUUGCUGAAUGAUGCCCGGCUCCGCGCUGGGAAGCCUUCUCUCGGGUUCUUGAAUCCUCUGCUGUAUAGUGGAGCUCUGAAGGACUUCACUGAUAUCACGGCAGGGUCCUCCAUCGGAUGUAAUGGGGUCAACCCUCAGACCGGCAAGAAGGUGCCCGGAGGUGGUAUCAUCCCCUAUGCGCAUUGGAAUGCGACAGUGGGAUGGGAUCCUGUGACUGGAUUGGGUGUGCCCGAUUUCAAGAAGUUAAAGGAUCUAGUCUUGUCUCUGUGAGACAUAAGAUUAAAUGACUGUCCUGCGGUGCGACAUGGAUGUGGUUACUAUGUAACAUAGAAAAAUCAUCGGAUGAUCAAUGGAAUGUAUAUAUAAUACCUCAAUACAUGGUUACACGGACAUGUCAUCCUCGAUAAUCGUUUUCAAUAGGUGGAUUUCUUUUUAUCUUUUUUAUCUCAGAUGGUGGUCCGUCUUAAAAAGGCAAUCCUGCCCUACUGAGUGAAAACUGUCAAACGGUCGCGAUUUAGCGACGAUUUAUCGACACACUGAUGUCACAUCAACAAUGUACUAUAUAG